CAAAAUAAUUAAUGAAAAUGGCGAAUUGGAUGCUGAGAUCUAAGAAGCUCUUCACAAUCCUAAGCAGCAUAUCAGGAAGAAGAGCCCUCAAUAGAAAUGCCAUAUAUAGAAAGGAGACAAGAGGCAUACAUUGUUCCUCUUUUUCAUUGUCUGAUGGGGUUGAAUACAGUCCUCGUGGCCCGCCCUAUACUGUUGAUCUAUCCGUUGCUAGUACUCCUGCUUCAACCGAUCAGUUGAGACCUAUUUAUCGUAUCAUGAACAGUGAUGGAGUCGUCAUUGAUCAGUCACAAGACCCUAACUUGGAUCCUGACAGUCUUUUAAAGAUGUAUAAACAAAUGCGCACACUUCAGAUAAUGGACCAAUACUUGUACAGGGCACAAAGAAUGGGUCUGAUAUCAUUCUAUAUGAUGAACUACGGUGAAGAGGGAACCCACUUUGGAUCAGCAGCUGCUCUUGACCUAGAUGAUGUUAUUUACAUGCAGUAUCGUGAAGCCGGAGUGAUGAUGUGGAGAGGAUUCAGUAUGGAUGACAUGAUGAACCAGUGCUUCACUAAUAAGUUUGACAAGGGAAAAGGAAGACAGAUGCCUGUUCAUUAUGGAGACAAGUCCAUCAAUUGUCAUUUUAUCUCCUCUCCAUUGGCAACACAGAUACCACAAGCUCCUGGUUAUGCCUAUGGUAUGAAGCUCUCUGGUUCCAAGAGCUGUGUUGCAGUGUAUUUUGGUGAUGGGGCAGCUCAGGAAGGAGACUGCCAUGCUGCCAUGAAUUUUGCUGCUACACUGGGCUGUCCUGUCAUCUUCAUAUGCAGGAACAACGGCUAUGCAAUAUCUACUCCAGUCGAGGACCAAUAUGCUGGCGAUGGUAUAGUGUGUCGUGGUGUUGGGUAUGGCAUGGAAGCUAUGAGAGUUGAUGGGAACGAUGUACUGGCUAUGUAUAAUGCAACAAGACAUGCUAAGAGAGUCUGUGUGGAAGAAGGAAGGCCUGUCCUUAUUGAGGCAAUGACUUAUAGGCUGGGUAGUCAUUCAACUAGUGAUGAUCAGUCCUUAUAUCAGAACAUGGAGGAUGUUGAAUUAUGGAAAACUUCUCUUUAUCCAGCCAUAAGAUUCAAAUCAUACUUAGUGAAUCGUGGGCUCUGGGACGAAGACAAAGAGGAGGAACUAGGCAAGAAGACAGAUACCGACAUAAAAGCAUCUUUUCAAAAAGCCAGAGAAAUCAAGAAGCCGCCAUUGAAGGAUAUGUUUACUGAUGUUUAUGACCAGCUACCCGUCCGUCUUCAAAGACAGCAACAGGAAAUGUGGGAUCACCUUAAGCAAUAUCGACAGCACUAUCCUAUUGAUAAAUAUGAGAAUAGCUAAUCAGAAGUCUAGGAUCUUUUGUAUGUAGUUAAUUUUCAUUUUUAAUAAGAACAGUUUCCUUGAUUAGAAUUAAGUUAUUUAAUAGUUAUUAAUA